GUUUUAUUUUGUGUUGGCUGAGGAAAGUUUUCCGUGUUUUCACGCUUCGAUUUGAAGCUUCAGCAUUUUGCUGAAAUUUAUGAAAAGGUAAUUUCGAACGUUGUGUCAAACCAUAACAUAAACAGUUUGUAGAAGCACUAGGAUUUAACUGCAAUAUAUUGUAAGCAUCGAAAAAAGCUUCAGCGAAAAUAUAGCGUUUAAGAGAUUCCACAGGCACACACCUUCGGUCUCAUUCAGUCCCACAGUUGAACUGUAUAAAUAGAGAACGUAGGAAAAUAUCUCCGAUCAAAAUCACAAAAUAAACAUAAAAUGGAACCAGUAACAUCUGUUACAAGCCUUAUGGCACGUGAUGUCUCGCAAAGCGAAUUUCUUGUCGAUAGUAAGGUUCCAAUGGCAAGUGCGGCAUCGGAAAAUGGUUGUGAAUUUGAGUCACCCGUGCACUCGUGCGUAGAAUCAAUGGAUCGUAGCGAUGGAGAAGAUGAUGACGAGGAUAUUAUUUUCCAGGAGGUGAAAAUGAUACUGCGUAAGCGACGCGGUUGGGGACCCGAAGAUUCGCUUAGUACGAACGAUCUGGAUUUGCUCGAAUAUGAUGAUGAGUUGGUGGAAGAAGACGAUGCUGGUUGUCCUUUGCCAUCUACACCUGAAGACACGCAACUCAUUGAGGCUGAGAUGACCGAAGUGUUGAAGGCUGGAGUUUUAUCAGAUGAGAUCGAUUUGGGCGCAUUAGCUCACAAUGCCGCCGAGCAGGCUGAGGAGUUCGUCCGUAAAGUUUGGGAGGCUAGUUGGAUGGUGUGUCACUAUAAAAACUUACCUAAGUGGCUGCAAGAUAAUGAUUUCCUACAUCGCGGUCAUCGUCCACCACUGCCCUCGUUCAGUGCCUGCUUCAAGUCCAUAUUUCGUGUGCAUACCGAAACCGGCAAUAUCUGGACACAUUUGCUAGGUUGUGUGGCCUUCAUUGGUGUAGCUCUUUACUUUUUGUCACGUCCUUCAGUUGAAAUACAAAUACAAGAAAAAAUCAUAUUUGGCGCCUUCUUUGCCGGCGCAAUCAUUUGUCUAGGCUUCUCAUUUGCUUUUCACACGCUUAGCUGCCACUCGGUAGAGAUUGGAAGACUGUUUUCAAAACUGGACUACUGUGGAAUUGCUCUUCUCAUAAUGGGUUCCUUUGUACCCUGGUUGUAUUACGGAUUCUAUUGUCAUUACCAGCCUAAAGUGAUAUAUUUGUCUGUGGUAUGCGUAUUGGGCUCGCUGUCAAUUAUUGUCUCACUGUGGGAUAAAUUCUCUGAGCCUGGUUUGAGACCACUGCGCGCCGGUGUCUUUAUGAGUUUCGGUCUGUCUGGCAUAAUACCGGCUAUUCAUUACAGUCUUAUGGAGGGCUGGUUCAGUCAAAUCAGUCAGGCUAGCUUGGGUUGGCUAAUCUUAAUGGGCCUGCUUUAUAUACUUGGCGCACUUUUGUAUGCAUUACGUGUACCGGAGAGAUGGUUUCCCGGCAAAUUUGAUAUAUGGUUCCAAUCGCACCAGUUAUUCCACAUACUUGUUAUUGCUGCAGCAUUUGUGCACUACCAUGGAAUAUCCGAGAUGGCAAUGUAUCGAGUAACGGUCGGCGAAUGUACUGUACCUCACGAACCAAUUACUUUUUAAGCUGAGAGGCAGGAAAAUAUACAGAGUAUACAGAUUUAUAAGCUAAAGCUAUUGGUUAUGUAUUCAUAAAUUUUUUGUGUUAACAACAUUUAUAGCAAGGAGUUGGCUGUAGGCGUUUAAAAAAGAAAAGUUUACAAACGAAAUGCAGAAGCUAAAAGUUAGAAAAUUUAAUCAUUAGUAUCUUUCAUAACUUACAUUAUAAUGGAAAAUUCAAAUAUGGAGGUUUAAAAAUAGAAAAAUUAAUACAAAGCAUACACAUUCUCAUAUCUGUUGGGACGAAAUUAGAGCGUUCAAUUAGUAGUAAAAAGAUAAAGUGCUUAACUGUUAUCGGCAUAUAGUUAUUAAAAAAACAUUAAGGUAUUGUUAAUUUCUUAUACACACCUUCGUACAUAAACCCUCAUACAUAUAAUAAAAAAAAAAAACAUGUAUACGUAGAGGCGGAGGCCAAAUCGAAUGUACUUCAAUCACUCGUUCAUUAUAACCACAACACGAAAGCAUGCAGAGAGAUAAGCGAAGAAUACGCAGAAUCAUAAAAAACAAAUUUAUUGGCACAUUCCACAAAUUAAUUGCAAUAGUUACCAUUUCUAAUCUAUUAAGCGCUCACCCAUAUAUUUUACACAAAUUUCAAUCCAUGGCGUUGAGUAAUCUGAAAUUGACUAAUAAGUGCAAUCAUUUUUAGGUGUUUGGGAAAAUCUGCGCAAUUAAAAAAUAAUAAUAAUAAAAAAAUAAAAUAAAAAUUGUAGCAUUGUAACCUCACUUUUUGGCGUAUAUGGAUUCUCAUAUAGAACAUAUCAAGGCGCAUUCAUUAAGGAGGGGCAGCUUCAGACAACGAGUUUUUCAGCCAUUUUUUGCGAAAAACAGAGUAUUUAUUAUUUUAAAAUAAAUUACAUAUUAAUAUUCACGCUUAAAUUAAUAUACAAUUUUUUUUUCGAAAAAAAUGCCGGCUUUACAGCUGCUCAAACGUGGCUCCUUUAAUUUCCGCCAUCGAAUGCACAGCCUCUUGUAAUCAACUGAUAUCAACCAGACAAAAAACUUUCAUUAAAAUAAGUUAUUCCGCUUUGCACUUACUUAUUUUGAACGAAAAAAUAGAAAAAUUAAAAUUUUAAGUGGGAAAAAAUUGUAUUUUUUAUAAACAUUAUAAACAACUUUUUAGCGAUAAUUAAGGGGACAACAAAUUUUUUUUUCAUAAAAUCUUAAUAUAAUCCUUAAAGAAUACGUAUGUCAAAAAUUUUUAGAACGUAAAUUUAAGUAUUUCUUAUAUUAUAGAUCGUCCACCGUGACGACUCUAUUCUUUGCGCUCGAGCGCUGGGAGGGGGAUUUUCAUGUAUUCAAACUUUAGACGCGUUUUUGUCAAAACUAUGAUAUAUAAUAUUUUUCGAAUUGGCGUACACGAUAACUCGAAAAGUUAUUGACCGAUCUCCCUGAAAUUUUGCACAUAUCUUUUUUAUGAUACUACUUUCUAUGUGAAUACAAGUUUUCGAAAAUUUUUCGAAAAGAUAAUUUUUUCGAAGCAAAAAUAGUAGGAAAAUUCGCCCUAAAAUUCAUUUUUUUAAGCAUUUUAUUCCGCGAAUUUUUUCCCCCCAUUUUUUGUAUGACAUUAAAAAAUAUCCCUGUACAAUUUUAAGUUGAUAUCUUGAUUACUUUUUGAGUUAUAUUCGACAGCGCGGAAAAAAAGUAUUUGGAGAAAAACACUUUUAAAAUUUUCUUGCUUAAUCAUCUUUCGUUCGACGGUCAUCACUUCACUGACUUUAUAAGGAUUUUUUAGACUUUCUAUUAAGCUUAAAAUAUUGAAAAGAUGUUCUUUAGAUUGUAAAUAAUUUUUUAAAGCAAAAAAAAAAAUGGAAAAUUUGAAAAUCUGGAGAAACUGCCCUCCUUAAAGGUGGUGACACUAGACCAACAACAAUGUUUUUUUGUACGUCUGAUUGUCAAAGCAAAAUAUUGGCAAAGUAGAUAACAAAGAAUCAAUUCGCCUUGUUUCAUUCUGUGCUGACAUGGACACGGCGAAAGAAAAAAAACAACAAAUCAGCUGAUUUACCGAUACCACCUGUAAUAGAUUCGCCUUGGAAGAUAUGAAGCCUCUUUUCAAUUAUUCUAUCUUAUAUAAGCAUAUGAAUGUGUACAAAUGUUUUACGAAAGUUUGAGUUUUUAAGGAUUUUAAAUGAAAAGCGAUCAUCCACUUGACAUUGUAAACUGGCAGCCAUUUUUAACAAAUAUUACAAAAAUCGGUUAUUGUAUGCUUCCUUAAAAUAAAUUCGUAAAUUUGCUGUUAACAUCAUACACAAAUCACCAAACUAAUGAUUCAAUAUCUAUGUACAACUUUUCUAACUCUAUAAACAAACACACACAUCCAUACACACACAUACACUCAUACAUAAAAUACCGUGAAAUAAAAAUAUUAAAGCAAAUAAAAUACAAUAAACUCAAAAAGUUAUAACAUUUGUACGACUACCAAAAACUCCAGUUGUAGAUGUUUGAAUAUAAAAUAAAAUAAACUUAGUUGAAAACCUAGAAACUAUAAA